AUGCAACAUUGUGGUUUCUCAUUUCCCCUCUCGCCCCCCUCUCCUCCUCCUUAUUCCCCAGAUAUUCGCACCACGUUUCGUGCAGGUGGUGGUGAAGGUGCCCAAGGGCAGCUUCGUCAAGCCCCUCAACUAUCCUUUCCUCUUGGCACCCUCUUUGUACCUCGCUUCGUGCAGGUGGUGGUGGAAGUACCCAAGGGCAGCUUCAUCUUCGUGCCAUGCUUCGUGCAGGUGGUGGUGGAGGUGCCCAAGGGCAGCUUCGUCAAGCCUCUCCUCUCCCUCUCCACUCACGGCAAUUUCUUGAUUCCCUCUCUCUGUACCUUCUCCGCCCAUCGUUUCCCUUCUCCCCCCUCUCCGCAGAUCUUCGUACCUCGCUUCGUGCAGGUGGUGGUGGAGGUACCCAAGGGCAGCUUCGUCAAGCGCCAUCCUGACGGCGCCAUUGACUACGUUGGCUGCGUACCCUGCCCCUUCAACUACGGCUCUGUUCCCUCCAUCCUCGCCCUGGACGGUACGACGUGCGCCAUUGACUACGUUGGCUGUGUGCCCUGCCCCUUCAACUACGACUCCGUGCCCUCCAUCCUCGGUCUCGACGGAGAGCCGCAUGACGCAGUGGUGUUGGGAUGGGACCCUCCCUGCCAUGCGGCCACAGGGGCCUGUGGCAAGUGCAUAUCCUGGCACCCCUACCUUCCCCCAUUCCCUCUCCCCAUCUCUUGCCCCUCCGCUUCUCCCCUCCCAACCCCUCGUGCAGGCGACCCAUUGGGUGCUGUCGUGUUGGGACCCGCCCUGCCGUACGGUCACACGGGCACGUGGCAGGUGCAUGCCAGGCUACGGUUCAUCGUCUCGUGGGGGGAGGCGCACUAG